UGGUGUAAAACUGAUUAAUUUAAUUUUUUCCUGAACUUAAAUGUGUUUAUCAAGCUUAAAGAUGUCUCCUGAUAUGAUUGUGGAUGUCUCCUGAGCCCAUGACAUUAUCCUGAGAACAACUACCAGAUGCAGACAAGACCAGAAUCAAAGAUGGGGUGAGGAGUUCAGCCAUCCGGGAGAGGCUCAGAAUAGAGAUGCUGCUCCUCCACAUCAAAAAGAGCCAGAUGAGGUGGUCCGGGCAUCUGACUAGGAUGCCUCCUGGAUGAGGUGUUCUUUGGAUAUCUCAUGAGGCCCUGGGGCACACCCAAGGCGCGAUGGAGAGAUUAGGAUUUUUUGUCUGGCCAGGGAACAACAACCAGAAUGACAUAACAGCUAAAGCUGGACAGAACGUCACUCUGCCAUGUCAAGCUCCAAACAACAACAUCAUCUUAGGUGUAGAGUGGAGCAGAGCUGACCUGGGAGAUGAAUAUCUUCUUUUUUAUCGGGAUGGGCGAUUUGAUCUAGAAAACCAGCAUCCAUCUUUUAAGAACCGGGUGGAUCUGCAAGACAAACAGAUGAAGGAUGGAGACGUGUCUUUGAUUCUGAACAAUGUGACGACUAAUGACACUGGAACAUACGAGUGUCGUGUCAAGACAGGAACACAACGUAGAAAGAGAGCAAUUUUAAAUGGUGACCCCAUCAGCAUCAUCACACUGAAUGUUGAUCCUCCAGGUCAGACAGCAGAACUCACAGUUGCACCUGUUGGACUCAUCGCUGGUCUGAGUGUUCCUGCUGUGCUUCUUGUUGCUGCUGUUGUUGGUUUUGUGUGCUACAGAAAACAUAAACAACAGCAGAGUCAGGAUUCAUACCAGCCUCCUGUUGAACUGUAGCAUGUUUGAAGAUGUAAGAGAUGCCUGUAUCACUAAGGCACAAAGCAGAGGUCUGACUUCAGAAACUAAAACAAUCACAUCCAUGUAGAAAACCAGAAGAGUUCCUUCAUUCCAAAGAGAUUUCACAGCAGAGACAAUGUUAAAGAAAAAGCUAACUGUUCCUCAAGUAAGAAAAAAUAACAGAUAAUCAAAAAGAAGAAAAAACGUGGAGAACAAGUUGCAGUAAAUGUAUCAUCUGAAAAUGGGAAACUGCAAUUAUUUAAAUUGCAGGUUAUUUUAACCAUAAUAUGACAAUCCAAUUUAAGAAAAAAAAAUCUCCAGCAUCUGUGGAAGAGUCCUAAGAAAUUAGACCGAAAGCGAUCCAAGAAGGAUCAAAGAGAUUUUAACAACAGGCUGCUUGCAGUAGUAAACAAGUUUACAGUAGAUGCUGCAUAAUGUUGAAAGAAUUACUAAAGCUGACACUGUUACUGUUAGCAUUGUUAACAACAUACAUUGUCAUGUAUAUAUUUCCAACACUAAGUAUUCUUGGCUUCUGAUGUAUUGGACAAUUGUAAAUUAUUAUAAUUAGUAGUCAUGUUCAGUUUUGAUGAUGUGUGUUAAAUGUUUCAAACACACACACAGUUCUUCAUCAUUUGAUUGUAUGUUUGGUCUGAGGCAGCUAAAUUAGUUUGUAGAGAAAAAUGAAUGUCAGAUUUGUGUUUGUGAGCUUAGCCCUGCAUAUUUACAUUUCUGUGGAACACACAAAUUACUUUUUCAUAGUUUGGUUUUCAUCAGUAUCCAUGAGCUCAGUGCCCAGAAUGUUACACAAUCAGAACCAGUGAGUGUGUUUGUUUCAUCUUUAGGUUCAGUUAUCUGUGAGAUCAAACUCAUUCUGAGAGGUUUGAACCACACAGACUGAUCCUCAUGUGGAGAUCACAGACAGUAACAGUAAUUUUGACAGUGUCAUGAAACCAAAGCUAUGAAUGGUUUAUGUAUUAGAUGUUUCCUCUGAUCUGUGAAGCUUUAUUAAACUUUUCAUUUCAUGAACGACUCUUUUGGUUGUUUGUUUUCUGGUUGUUAUUUCAGUUUAAAUAUUUCAAGAAGUUGUUACAUUUGUAAUGUUUUAUUUUACUCGUUUUGAA